AUGUUCUAGUUGCAUCAAUACAAAUCUUUAUGUUUCCCAUUUACUAUCUAUAAAAAAAAUAUUUUGUAAAAUACAUAAACAUGAAUAAAGAUUGAAAUGUUAAAAAUGCUCUAUUUAUUUGAAUUAAAAAAAUUAUGCCAAAUGUCUUUUUUGUGAAUUCAGUAUAACUAAAAGAAAUUUGAAAAAGUGGAGUAUGUAAUCUUUUAUGUAUUAAAUCUUAGCUUGCACCCAAUUCAUAAAUGCUAAGUUUGUAAUCAUUAUUAAUGUCUAAAAUGCUAAUCAGUUCUAGGUAUUAUGGGAAAUGAUGCAAUUGAAUGAUGUUAUACUUGUUAAGAAAGAAAAUAAGAUUAAUAUUUCCACAUAAAACAUACAAUCAAAUAAAUAAUACUUUUAAAGGUAAGAUACUUUUUAUUCUGUUUUGGGAAUGCUAUUCCGACAUUGUUUGCCUGUUAUCAACUUCGAUAAAUUGCAAUUGAUGAUACGAACAUAUAUAUUAUUUAAAGAAAUAGAAUUAAUUUCAACUUCUAUAAAAAGUUCAUAAUUAAAGUACUUUUAUUUAAGUAACUCCUGUAAUUGCUUUUUAUUAUAACAUUUAACAAUGAAAAAAAUUAUACUAAUGGAAGGAAUUAUGAUAUUAUGA